UGAUAAACAAUACAUUUCCUCAACCAAAAAAACAGUGUCGCCCUCCUACCUAAAACGUGAGACUUACUACGUAUCAUCGCGAUGGAAGACUUCUAUGUUGCAUCUGUUGUCUGGGAAUUGAGUCUCAAUUUGGAGAGCGACAUCACACUUGGCAUUCGCCAUGGAGGCGCCGCCUUCCGCAUCUGCUACAAUGCACACAUCCUCGCCGCCUCACCUUCUACCUUGGAACAGCAUCGCGAGUCAUACCGAAUCCUACAUAAGGAUGAUCCAGAUAGAGGAUACCCUGAAACGGUGGAACGACUCAGAAAACCGUUUGAAGAACUUAUGACCCAGAUGGCCCCAAAUCCACCAACCGAGUCAACGGGUGUAGCUGAAAGCGGGUGUGUUCAGCCAUUUUCCAAGGGGGCCCUUUCGCAACGGGAGAUCGGACGUCCGGGUGAAUAUAUAAACUAUAACGACUUCCUUCAACCGCACUUGUCUCCGCUACUUGACUCGAAACUCAAAAAGUACUCGUCUCGUCAAAUUCAAGUCCUGGCCCAGACACCGGAGCUGGUCCCAUCUAGGAUUCUUGUCGAUGGCAUUAUCUACCUCUUCAAGCCUUGGAUAUCAGGUCGAGUGCAUGGGUACCACGAGCUGCAGUCAUAUAGGAAGAUCUUGGCGGAUACCGAGGCAAGCCUGCCCCUUCUCGCCGACGUACGCAUCUGUCGCCUUCACGGUCUGAUUAUCGACGACGGCGAUGAUGUCCUCCAACACUAUCCUCUUGAUAAUGGCGAGAAAAACUAUUCUGGGACCCGUUUAGUCGGACUGCUUCUCACAUACAUCGAGAAUCGCGGCACUCUGAACGGUUUGGCGCCUUGGUCAGGCUGUAUAAAUGAGGAUCGGCUUCGCUGGUCCGGACAAAUAAAUCACUUGAUUCAAUGCUUGUAUGACGCAGGUGUAAUUUGGGGAGACGCUAAGCCUGAGAACGUCUUGAUUGAUAUGGAGGGCGAUGCCUGGCUCAUUGAUUUUGGCAGUAGUUAUACCCAGGGUUGGGUUGACGAGGAUAAGCUGGAGACGGUGGAAGGAGACCGGCAAGGCGUGCAAAGAAUUGAUGAUUGGCUUAUCAAAUGGCCCCGCUAA